AUGGCUACAUUCCCUUGUAUAUUCUUUGCCGCGCUUAUCACUAUCGGCGGCGCCGUAUACAACAGGGAUCGCGACCGACAACGAGCCGACCCGCGACUACUCGACCGGGCCUGCGAACUCAGCUCCUGCUAUCCGGCUACUGGAAAUCUACUCAUCGGGCGAGAGGCGAGGCUCUCUGCCUCUUCGACUUGCGGCGCCUACGGCCGCGAACGAUAUUGUAUAGUGUCCCAUCUUGAAGAACGCAAGAAAUGUUUCUGGUGCGACUCGACGGAUAACACCGUGCACAAUCCACACCUCAAUCAUCGAAUUCAAAAUAUUAUCUACAAGUACUAUCCUGGCACUCGAACGAAGUCGUGGUGGCAGUCCGAAAAUGGCAAAGAAAAUGUCACGAUACAGCUCGAUAUGGAAGCGGAAUUCCAUCUUACCCAUUUGAUAAUACAGUUCAAAACAUUUCGUCCUAAGGCUAUGUUAGUGGAGCGGUCUUUCGACUUCGGCAAGACUUGGCGAGUUUAUAGAUACUUCGCUCAUAAUUGCGACGAAGCUUUCCCUUCUGUGCCCAAACACACGCAGCGGAGCUUAACUGAAGUUGUUUGUGAAUCUCGUUAUUCAGGCGUUGCGCCAUCGACUGAGGGUGAAGUGAUAUUUAGAGUGUUACCGCCUAAUAUUAACGUGACUAAUCCCUACUCGGAGGAAGUGCAAAAUCUACUGCGAAUGACGAAUUUAAGAAUUAAUUUCACCAAGUUACACACACUCGGAGAUGAUCUGCUCGACAAUAGAGCUGAAAUUCAAGAAAAAUAUUAUUAUUCCAUUUAUGAAAUGACUGUUCGGGGCUCUUGUUCUUGUUAUGGCCACGCUUCCCGUUGCCUUCCGAUGCCCGGUGUGGAAUCAAAGAAUAACAUGGUCCACGGACGCUGUGAGUGCACGCAUAAUACACGAGGGCUUAAUUGUGAAUACUGUGAAGACUUUUACAACGAUUUACCCUGGCAACCGGCGGUCGGUAAAACUUCAAACGCCUGUAAAAGAUGUACUUGUAAUAAUCAUGCUACUUCGUGUCAUUUUGACGCCGCAGUAUAUAACAAAACGGGUAAAAUUAGUGGAGGAGUGUGUGAUAAUUGUCAACAUAAUACAAUGGGUGUUAAUUGUGAGCGCUGUAAGCCGACUUUCUUCAAGGAUCCGUCCCUUGAUAUACAAAGCCCGGACGUAUGCAAACAAUGCGAUUGUGAUCCAGAAGGGACAACUGAUAAGGAAAUUCUUUGUGAUGAUGAAACUGAUACCGCUAACAACAAAACAGCGGGACGUUGUUUAUGUAAAGCUAAUGUAGAUGGGCCCCGUUGCGAUCGGUGUAGAGAUGGCUAUUGGAAUUUCGAUCCGGCAAAUCCUGAAGGCUGUGAAUCUUGUACUUGUAACAGUUUAGGUACAAUUAAUGAAAGGGGCUGUGAUCCGGCCACUGGAAAUUGUUUCUGUAAACGACACGUCACCGGAAGAAAUUGUGAUCAGUGCUUACCAGAAUUUUACGGCCUAUCGGAUAGUGACGACGGUUGUUCCCCGUGUGAUUGCGAUGUAGGAGGUUCAAUAGACAGAGAUUGUGACGUAAUAACUGGUCAAUGCAAGUGCCGUCCUAAUGUUACAGGCCGACGCUGUGAUCAACCUAUCCAAAACUUCUUUGUUGGCGCACUAGAUUCGAUUGUUUUUGAAGCAGAAUCUAGUCAAUGUGAUUCUCAAAUCGAUGACAAUGCUAUUCAAAGCCAAUUAUGUCAUGUUGUUAUUCGUGAGAAUUUCCCCGAUGGAAGGAAAGAGACCUGGACUGGGCCUGGUUUUAUGAAAUUACCCGAGAGUAGUACUCUCGUAUUUGUAAUCAACGAUUUGAAAACUAGUAUGAAUUAUAAUGUUCUUAUAAGAUAUGAGCCGCAGUCUACAACUAAUUGGGAAGAAGCUACUAUACUAGUGAAACGUCCUCCGAUUGAUCCCGAUUCACCUUGUGCUAAAGUUCGACCUCAAGAUGACACUAUUCUCACAAAUCUUCCCGCAAAUCAGCGUAGUGUUUUAGUUCGCCCGCCAAUAUGCUUAGAAAAAGAUAAAGAAACUGAAGUCCGUAUAUAUCUAGGGAGACAAGAUGGCCACACUUCAAAUAGCAGAGCUUCUGUAUUAAUCGACUCUAUUGUUCUAAUUCCAUCUAUCAAUGAUUUACCAUUUUUGUCAAAUAACACCCCUGCAAGAGAAGAAUUUGAGAGAUACAACUGCGGAGAUCAAUAUUACUACGACUUAAAUAGAGACAAUGUACCAGAAAUCUGCAAAAACUACCAUGCCAGUAUCGGGUUCUAUAUCAGAAAUGGAUCAGAAUCUUGCCAAUGUGACCCUUCGGGUUCAAAAAGCCAUCAAUGCGAUCGGUACACUGGAUACUGCCAAUGUGUAGAAAAUAUUGUAGGUGCGCGGUGCGAUCGUUGCGCUCCAGGCACGUAUGGCUUUAGUAAAUUUGGAUGUAAGCGUUGCGACUGUAAUAGCAUUGGGUCCUUGGACAACUUUUGUGACGCUACUAGUGGUCAAUGUAAAUGCAGAGCAAACACUUACGGUAGGGCGUGUGACUUGUGUCAGCCAGGCUAUUUCAACUUCCCUAAUUGCCAGCAAUGUGACUGUAACGGACAUGCGAUCGAAUGUGAUGAUAAAACAGGAGCGUGUAGAGAAUGCAGAGAUUAUACUGAGGGACAUCGCUGUGAAAGGUGCAUAGAAGGAUAUUACGGUGAUCCUCGAUUAGGAAUUGAUAUUCCUUGCCGUCUCUGCCCAUGCCCGGGUGUUAAAGGUGAUCCGAAUAAAAGCAGCCACGCCGACCGAUGUGAGCUAGAUCCCGAAACUAAGGAUGUCGUUUGUGACUGUAAAGAAGGUUAUGCUGGUUUACUCUGUGAUGUAUGCGCCGAUAAUUAUUAUGGCGAUCCCAUAAAAGGAACAUGUGAAAAAUGUGACUGUAACGGCAAUAUCGAUAUUACAAAACCAGGCAACUGCGAUCCCUACACUGGAAAGUGUUUACAAUGCUUACACCACACGGCAGGUGACAACUGUGAAAUAUGUGAAGACGGUUACUAUGGAGACGCUUUAGAACAAGCAUGUUAUAAAUGUAAUUGUUCUGUAUUAGGUACAAACUUUACUAGAGGAAACUGCGAUCGAGUAACUGGCCAAUGCCCUUGCUUCAACAAUGUUAUGGGUGUUAAUUGCGAUGAAUGUACGGAAAAUCAUUGGAGAAUUGCCCUGGGAACAGGGUGUGAUCCUUGUGAAUGUGACCCUAUAGGUUCGCUUUCCGCCCAAUGUAAUCCUUAUAUUGGCAAAUGUGAUUGUAAGCCCGGACAUGGGGGAAGACAGUGUGAUCAAUGUCAAGAAAAUCAUUGGGGAGAUCCAAACAUCGAAUGUUAUGAAUGUGAUUGCAAUGUUUACGGCUCUGUAUCGCUCCAAUGUAUGAGAGAAAAUGGAUCUUGUCCUUGCAAACCGGGAAUAGGAGGUUACAAAUGUGACAUGUGUGCACGAGGAUAUCUUGGAGAAGCUCCCGAAUGUUAUGCUUGUGGUGAAUGUUUUGAUAACUGGGAUCUCUUGAUUGGAAAUCUACGCAUUCAAACAGAAUAUGCUAUUGCUAAUGCUAGUAAGAUAAAAGUUGUCGGAGCAACUGGUGCAUAUACAAGAGAUUUUGAAGAGAUGACUAUGAAAUUAUCUGAAGUAGAAAAUGCCUUAGAAAGUGCUAAAUUGGGACAGAGCACAGUUAAAGAACUAGUUUCUAAUAUUUCAAGCUUACAAGAACAUCUUAACCAGGCAGAUAAUAAAAUAAAAGAAAGCAAUGAUAAUCUAAACGCCAUAACAUCUAAAAUUAACUUGGGAAAUGUAACCUUAGAUGGUUUAAGAGCUAGUAUAGAAAACUUGAAAAGUAAGACGCUAGAAUUGGGUAAUAAUGCAACUAAAUUACAAGAGGCUAAUCUUGAGGGUGCUCUUAAUUUGACUCGGGAAGCUAAAGAAAGGGCUGUGAAGGCAGCUGAUGAUGCUGAAAGCGUGCAGACUAUAAUUGCCAAUACUGAUCGGCAAAUAAAAAAUACUGAUAGACUUAUUGAGAUGCAAUAUGCAAACUUUAACAACACACAAAAUGAAAACGAAAAGAAACUCGACGAACUUCAUGAUAUUUUGUCUCAAUUUGAUGUAGAGUUUCCUAAAAUAAAUGAAAUAAUGUGUGGACAAGAGAGUGAUACUUGUGACAUAUGUGGUGGUGCAGGAUGUGGAAAAUGUGGAGGAAUAUCGUGUGAUCAAGGAGCGAUUACUAAAGCAGAACAGGCUUUAGAUUUUGCUAACAAAACAGAGCACAGAAUCAAGGAGCAUGAGCUAUCAGCUGAAGACUUAUUUAGAGCAGUGACACAAGUUAAACAAGAUACUGUUUCAGUACGUUCGCGAGCAAAUGAUUUGUUUAAUAGGGCUAAUAACUUUAAAUUGUCAGCGGAAAAAGUUAUAAAUGACAGCGUGGAUCUAACUUCAGAAUUAAAGGAGUUCUUAUCAAACACCACUAACACCCCCGCAGAUGUCAGAACUCUCGCAAACGAUAUUCUUAACUUAUCUAUACGUAUAGAACCGAAAGAAAUAACUGAACUCUCACAACGAAUAAACUCAACUGUAUCACAAUUAACGAAUAUUGAAAAUAUUAUAUCCGAAACAAAACCAGACCUGGACAGAGCAAACGCUCUUAAACAGAAUGCGACUGCCGUAAAUAAAGAAGCCAACAUAACUUUAGAAAUGGCAAAUAAAGUCUUGGAAGCAUUAGACGAAGCUCAAGCAGCACAGGAUGCAGCAGAAGAUGCUAUUGACAAAGCUAAUAACGAUAUAGAAGCGGCUAAAGGAGAUCUUUUACCAAUUGCUUUAGAAACAGAACAAGCGCAGAAGAAGGCUAAUGAAACUAUGGACGAAGUUGAAGGACUGCGUUUUAGAUUAUCCGAUUUACAGAAGAACAUAUUGAAAAUUGAAAGCGACGCUGAUCAAGUGAAGCAAGAAGCAAACGAUGUUGUAAACAGGGCUGAAACAGCUGAGCAAAAGGCGAGACAGCUAAGACAAGACUUUAAAACUACCAACAUGUCCCUCGCUGAAAGAGCAAACCAGACAUCUAACUCUAGGGAACGAGCACAACUUUUACUAAAUCGAGCCACUAAACUUGCUAGUGAUACACAAACACAAUUGAAACUUCUCGCUAAUAUGGAGGAACUAUACAAUGAUCAUAAUGAACAACUCAAUACUUUGGAAAAAGAAAUAGGUGAGCUCAAUUCUCAAAUGAAUUACUACUUAUCGGAAAUAACGAAACGAUCCGACAACUAUAGAUCCUGUACAACAUGGCUCUACCUAGAACCAAUUCUACUUAAUGACGAAGGAGAGUUAGGGGUGAAGUUUCGUAAAGUGGACCAAGGUUUUAAGCAAGUUGCGCGUAUUGUUGAGUCAGAUCCGCGUCUCUCGGCCCUACUUCAAACGCCUAGACUUCAACAUAUGCUGGAUGGAAUUUCAGAACAACUCAACGCUUGCCAAUCGGCUCUCAACCAAUACAUAGACGAUAAGCGUUCGAUAUUCCCAAGACUGUACUUCUUAAGUGACGAUGAUCUCUUGGAGUUGCUGGGACAAGCUCGAUCUGGGGCAGAAGGAAGAGACAGCGUGCUGCAAACUCAUCUGAAAAAGCUGUUUCCUGGUAUCCUUGGAGUGGGCCUCGGCCCAGAGGGCUUAUCCAUUACCACUCUCUGUUGCCACUACGAAGAAACCUUUACUCUCGAGCAUCCAGUAGAUAUCGACUGCCCUGUUGAGAUAUGGCUGAAAAACCUCGAGAAUGAAAUACGCACGUCGUUGAAAAAUAUAACAUUAAAUUGUAUAAGUACGAAUAAAGACCACGAUCCAUUUUCGCUGCCGACGCAAAUAAUGUGCUUAGCGCAAAACAUCAGAUUCACUCAGCAAGCAGAAAAAGCGAUAGCAAACAAGGAACUGCGAAGUUUAAAAGAGGCGAUCGAGAAAGAAAACGAGUACUAUGCGACCGGGGAAUUCGAAGAUGAAGCAGAGAAGUUCAAAAAACAAGCGCUUAUAUUGCAAUGCGCGUAUUACAAAGCUGUAAUAAGUUAUUUACUUGAACACAAUGUCGUCUCAACAGCUGAUUGGUUAUGGCAAAAGCAAUUACGCUUCUAUUUAGUUAAUAAAAGCGAAGUUGUGGCAAGAAUGGGACUUGCUGAAAUUUCAUAUUCGUAUGAAUAUCUCGGGAAUCAAACUGGACAAUUUGUGCGUACCGAGUUGGCAGAGGAAUGCUUUCUUAUAUUAACACAGUCCCAACAUUUCGGAUUUAUCGGAAAUCCGUUCGGCCCCGCUGGUACUGGCAAAACUGAAUCUGUAAAAGCAUUGGGUGGAUUACUGGGAAGACUGGUGUUGAUUUUCAACUGCGAUGAAGCACUGGACGGUGAAUGUAUGGGCCGUCUAUUAACUGGGCUUUCUCUGAGCGGUGCUUGGGGAUGUUUUGAUGAAUUUAACAGGCUAUCCACUGACACUUUGGCUACCGUGUCUCACCAGUUCUCUUCUAUACUAUCCGCGAUGCUGCAUAAGUCUGAUACUAGUACGACUGCCCUAUUAAAUGGAAAGCAAGUGGAAGUAUCCCGUUGGUGUGGUAUAGCGGUUACCUUAAACCCGGCUGGCCGUGGUUACGGAGGCCGGCGUGAAUUACCAGCAGCGCUACAGCGUGUGUUACGUCCCGUUGCGUUGACGACACCGACGCCUGCGCCGCUCGCAACCCACCUCCUGGCUGCCCACGGGUCUGUCCAGCCAGAACGACUAGCACACGAUCUCACCACUGUGUUUAUGCUUUCCAGUAGUCUUCUAAGCAGCCAAAGGCAUUACGAUUGGGGACUGCGAGCGCUAAAAGCAGCAGUGGGCAGUUGCGGUGCUGCUUUGCGUACACAUAGCGCUCGAGACGAAAUAGCACAGCGCGCCAUCUUGCGGAAAGUGCUUAAAUUAAACAAUCUUUCUAAACUUACUAAGCCGGACGCAGAAAGGUUUGAGAAUAUUUUAUCGUUAGUGUUCGCCGAUAUCCCCGAAGAAGAGUCAAAAGUAGAUUCUAUUCAUGCAUCGAUUGAGUCAUCUUUUGAACCGUUACAAUUGACACACAAUCAGUUACAGACUCAAAAAUGCAUGGAGCUUUUCGAGCAAUUGCAACAAAGAAUGGGCGUAGUUAUAGUAGGUCCACCAGGUUCUGGUAAAACAACCAUCAGGAAACUACUCAAAGCCGCUUUAGUUCAACGUGGUAGGACUAUAAUGGAACACGUUAUUUACCCGAAGGCGGUAAGUCGUGAGUGCUUAUUGGGGCAUGUUGACGCUGAAACGCGUCAAUGGACUGAUGGGGUUAUUUCCACCACGGCUUUGCAAGUUUCCCAGCAGCCUCCAGACAUUUGGUCGUGGGUCGUAUGCGACGGUGACAUAGAUCCCGAAUGGAUAGAAGCUCUGAACUCUGUCUUAGAUGACAAUAGACUAUUAACUCUACCUUCGGGUUGGCGGGUACAGUUUGGACAGAAUGUAAACUUUAUCUUCGAGACACACAGCUUAGAGCAUGCCUCGCCGGCUACUAUUUCUCGUAUGGGCAUCAUUUUGUUCAGCGAGGAUGACAGCUGUGCAAAGGAGCUUCUGCAAAAUUGGAUUAGAAAAGCUGAUCGUGAUAAUGAAGUUAUUAGAUUAGUAACACCGUCGCUGCAAAAUGUUAUAGAUAGGUGUUUGAAGUGGUUCUUUAGCCACAAAAAUAAUGUUGCCGUGACAUCUAAUAGGGCUUCGAUGGUAAAGCAAAUAUUAAUUCAACUCGAAUACAUAAUUCAAGAUGUGGAUACGAAUAAGCACUUGUCACCAGAAGAAAUAAUCUAUCUCUCUCUGCAAUACAGCGUGAUGGGUCUACUCAAAGAAAGUUCGAUACAUUUGUUUGAGGAAGAAAUGUCCGAUGUAUUGGGUCCAACGCCUAAUAAACCUCCUGGUAUAGGCGAGCGUGUAUCUGAAGCCUUAAUAAUGUCGCCAAGACUAGAUGCGCCCGCGCAGACCCUCCGCGCCGCAGUGCAUGCGCGCUCUCACGCUAUUAUUUCCGGACCAGAGGCGUCUGCUAAAUAUGCUUUGGCGGAAUAUAUUUUGAGAGAAACUGAUGCGACAGUGGUUACUAUAGACUGCACUCCGAUAUUAGAGCCUUCUGAUAUCAUUACUGAACUCAAAAGGAAAAACGUAGUGCGUUCAACCGGGGCUUCGAACUCGCAUGUCGUUCUAUUGGUGCGCGCGAUACACAGGGCAAAACUGGAUGCCUGGGGCUCCUCCUCUGUUCAUGCUUUUCUGCUUCAGUUAAUUCAAGGCAAUGGAUUCUGGAGCUCGGAGGAUAGUGGGUCCCAGUGGCACAGUACAACGCGUGUCAGCGUGGUGGUGACAGCGGAAACGACAGUCAAUAUCGCAUCUCGUCUGACGUCGGCGCUUGCGCAUGUUACUAUACCAGACCCUACGGAUGAGGAGCUCUCGGAACUUGUAAGAAACUACUUAACAGAAAAUAUGAUCAGAAAUAUUACAGAUCUCGAAAUGAUAUCUUUGGCGCAGACUAUUCUAUCUAUGUUCAAAGAGAUUAUCGAGCGGUUUGAUACAAAAUCACAUUAUGUUUGGAAUUCUUCCCAUUUGAAACAACUAUGUGAGAGUGUAAAAUGGUACAGCCCAUCAAAUGUCAGUGAAAUUACAAUGGCCCUUCAUGCGCAAGCCCAGAGAAUAUUCAAAGAUCGUCUCAUAACAGAGGACGAGAAAGAAACAUUUGAUGGUAUAGUUAGGAAAUGCCUCAAAAUUGACAAAGAAUUUUAUUAUAAAUCUAUACAACGUGGUGACGGAAUUUACUUGGAAACCGUGGACUAUGCCAACUGGUAUCAGAACACGCAGACGCUCAUUAACCAGUGUUUAACAGAUAACGAAAAAAACAUAAUAAACCUAGAAGUGUGUAAGGAACUGUCGCACUUAUGUCCUUCCAUCGCUCUUACGCUCAAUGGAAAUAUUAGGACGUGUGUAAGUGCCGUUGGUGCCGGCGCUGUGGAGGCGGGGUAUUUAACGUGCGCUGCACUUUCUGCUCAAUGUCUACUUGCUGAACUGCCUUCACACUUCACCAAUACCUUUAGAGCGGCCCUAACAGCAGCUAGUGAAGGCACCAAAACGUUGUUAUUAGUAACCGAAUGGACGGCGGAUGCGAAAAACUUGGCGGUAAUAGAAGCAUACAUCCGUGCUCAAUCCGUAUAUGCACUGCCGUCUUAUAUUAUGCCGGCUAUAGGGCAGAAUGCUGAAGACGUAUUUAUAAACAUGAAACAAAAUCUUGGUAUUUUAAUCUGCCUCAACAAGGACCAAGAAAAUCUAUCCGAACUGCUAAAUAGAUACCCGUUUUUACAUACAACUGGUCAGUUGACAUGGCUCGAAAGGUGGUCGGAAUCUACAAUAAGAGAGAUGCCGACUUUGAUCAUUCAGAGGUUAAUAAAAGAAGAUGGAAGUGACGCAUGGAAAGAAGACCAAAAUGCAAUUCCGUUAGAAGAAAUAACAAGCAUCUAUAACAGUUUGGAAGCAGAUUGGUUGAAAAGCCCAUAUCGAUACAUUUGCUUCAUUAAAUCUUUUUACAACAUUGUGCUGAAGAAGAAAACUACUCUAUCUCAACGCUACAAUAUGUUAUCGGCCGGCGUAGACGCACUCCGCCGUGCACGCAGCGAAGUAAGUGUGCUACAAACUCAAGCGGCCGAACAAGAGGUGGCGCUGAGUGACAAACGAGAGAAAGCCAACAAGGCUCUAGAACAAAUAAGCGCUACUGUAAGAGCGAACACAGACAAGCAUGAAGAGAUGCAAAUUCUCAAGAAGAACAUUGAAUUAGAGAACGAGAAGCUACAAAUACGUAAAAAGGAAAUAGAAGAAGAAUUAGCGUCCGUAGAACCCGUCAUUGCCACUGCACGAGCCGCCGUAGGCGAUAUUAAGCCGGAGUCAUUAAGUGAAGUGCGAUCUCUACGAGCGCCACCCGACGUUGUCCGCGACGUUCUAGAAGGGGUGCUUCGGCUCAUGGGCAUCGCUGACACUUCGUGGCACUCCAUGAAGAGUUUUCUUUCCAAACGCGGAGUAAAGGAAGAUAUUCGAUGUUUAGAUGCUAGUCAAAUAAGCGCCGAAGCAGUUCAGUCGGUUGAGCGUCUACUGGAAAAGCGUGGAGCUUCAUUUGAGCAAGCGACUGCGCGUCGAGCCAGCGCCGCCUGCGCACCGUUAGCAGCGUGGGUCCGUGCCAACCUUGCUCAUGCCGCGGUUCUAUCGCGAGUCAAACCUUUACAACAGCAACAGCGUCAGUUGCAUAAAAACCUUCAGCAAGCGGAGAGCGAAUUGGAGGCUCUAUCAAGUGGGAUGUCAUCUGUAGAGGAGCGUGUGACGUCACUAAAGGAGCAGCUAGGUCAGCACACCCGAGACGCUGCAGCUAUAGAGAUGCGGCUAGCUGCUGCCACAGAGACAAUACAACACGCUAACAACUUGCUGCAACAGUUGGCUAACGAGUAUGAUACGUGGGAGGAAGACUUGCAGAACAUAUCUCUGGAGAUAUCUGAACUGAAUCAAAGAUCGCUUUUGGCCGCUGCAUACUUAGUUUAUCUUCCUGAUCUCACGGAACCCCAGUCAAAAACUCAAAUAACAAAGUGGUCAAAGCUGAUUGGAUAUGAAAAAGAAGAUUUCUCGGUCAUAAACUUCCUCUCUACUCCCGAAAAACAAUUGAAAUGGGAAGCUGAUGGCCUACCAUUAGAUCAAACCGCGCUGAAAAAUGCAGUUUUAAUCAGUCAAAUUCUAGAUACCCGCAGAUGUGGUCUGACACCUCUCAUCAUAGACCCAGACGGGGAAGCUUUGUCCUGGCUUAGAAAUACCCUCAAUGGCACAGUGCCAUGUGAGUUCGUAUCGCAAAACAGAGAUAAAAUACACACAGCAGUACAGUAUGCUGUUAGGCUAAAUCGUUUCAUUGUCAUUUACGAUGUGGACUGCGUGCACGCAUCAUGGUGGGGCGGUAAUGUUGUUGGCGGUGGCAAAUUGUUGCUUCUGUCGCGCGACACCUCCCUACCUCAAAGAUUACCUGCCUAUGUACUUGCUGUACUAAACCCGUUAUAUUUUACCGCGAGGCUACACGCAUUACUUGAUCAAUUGAUUCACUACACUAUGCAAAAACAAAACCCGGAAAUGAACGAAAAGGCAAAGGAGAUUAAGCUGAAAAAAGCUACGUUACAGAAACAACUCUACGAACUACAGGAAAAUCUAUUAAAAGACCUCUCGAGCAACAACGAUAUACUACACGACGCCAAUGUAAUAGCGUCGCUGAACAAAACCCGAGAGACGAGCAUGACUAUUUCUGAAUCGCUCAAGUCUGCUCAAAGCAUUGAGGAGGAAUUUAAGUUCUCAUGCAAAGCGUAUGAAGAAAGUGCUUUGAAAGCAGCACAUCUGAUUCUGGCUGUUAAGGAACUGGCUGGGAGAAAACCUUUAGUUUCCAUUCCUGUUGAGACUAUGUUGGAUGUUUAUGUUGAAGCUGUUAAAAGGGUUAAGGACAUUAAGACCAUGAACAGCAACGAUAUUGUAAAACAUUUAUUACGAAGAGUAAUAGAAAGAGUUUUGCUUAGUUUACAUAAAAAAGAAAAGUACAUAAUUGUAUUACAUUUGCUGAGACAAGUGUGCGAUGACUUGAUACCUGAAAAGCUUUGGAAUCUAUUUGUCGCAAGCUACGAGUUCGUUGAUAAUCGUGAAAUAACUAUAGUGAAGACCAGUUACAAUUGGAUUCCUGACGAAUGCUUAAAGAAAGUAACUAUGAUUAAGUUGGAAAACGAACAACUAUUUAUCAAAUUAUCAUUGGAUGAUACAAUAUGGCUAGAAUUUAUUAAGACGGGAGAUAUUAAAACAAUUAAUAAAUUAAAUCUGACUUCAUUUGAAACUGUCCUUGCGGUCUCCGCCUUGCGACCAGAUAGCUUGUAUCGAGCUGUAAUUAGUUUGGUAGAUAACGUUUUAGGUACUGGCGUUAUGUGUGGUGGGGACACAAUUCGUAGAGCACAAAUUUGGUCAUCGGCAAAGCGUAGUAUUCUCUUGCUGGGCACCCACGCUGCUGAUCAGCUACAGGCUCAUGCUUAUCCCAGGCUUCUUAAACAGUUGGGAAUCGAUGAAGGGCGACGAGCUUGGAACGACGCCGUAGAAGAAUGCCGAAGUGGGGGGUGGCUUGCUAUAAAUGUCGGUGCUUCCCCCUUCUCCAAAGAUCUAAGAGAAUUCCUUGACGAACUGAGAAAUCGCUCGUUCCAGGAUUUCAGCGAAGAGUUUCGCGUGUGGAUCAUUGCGGAGGAUCGCGAAAUUCCCGCUGUCAUUUCUGGAUCAUGCGUCAACGUAGUACUUGAGAGUGCAGAAGGUGUUAAACGCAACGUUUGUAGUACUUUGAGUGCGUGGAGCGGAGGCAUCCACACUGCGCCUGUUGCACGACGCCUCGUUAACAUCGCUAUGCUUCAUGCACUUGCGUUGGAGCGAAGAGCGUAUGUGCCUUUGGGUUGGUCCCAGUGGUACGAAUGGGGCUGGGGUGAAAUCAGUAUGAUGCGCGCAUGUACAGUGUCCCAAAAUACGGUUGGGUCGAGCAUAUGUAGUGCUCUAUGCGAAGCUAUGUACGGGGCACGUGUACCGUCGCCAGCGGAUCGUCGUCUCCUUCGCGCCCUCGUCGCUUCGUGUCUCGGCGAUGCAGCACAAGCACAUGCUUAUACUCUUCCGGGAUUGAAGGCGCCCUUGCCGUAUACUGACAGGUUACAGGAUUAUAUUUCGGCGAUAGAAAAUUUACCUGAAUUAGAUUCACCGCAACUGCUCGGCUUAGCACAGAAUUGUCGCCUAGCUUGGGAGAGGAAAGCAGCAGAUGACAUCGUCAGUGGCUUAAAAGACAUUACUUCAACAACACCCACAAGAAAUAACGGCAUUGCUCCAAUAAAGUCACUUCUUAACUUGUGGAAGAAACUGAUGACGGGCAAUCCCUUCGUGAAGGCAGAAUACACGGUUGAUAAGGUUGGCAGUGGUUGGUGGGGCUGCGUAUGCGCAGGAGAGGCCAGCGAUGCGGCCCGCUCAACUCGCGUACUACAUCGGGCUCUCGCGAGCUUUGCUCAUCGUUACCAAUCGCAUAGAGUUUCUACACUUCAAAACGUACCGGAGCAAUGGCAGUUACUGUGGCCCGGGCCAGAGAAACCUGAUGAUUAUAUUCGAGAAUUUUGCUUCCGAGCUCGCGCCGCGGCUGAUCGUCUUACGGAAACAAUCUCUAACAAUUAUUUACCUAAGGUAUUAGACAUUCGAUCACUGCUGUGCCCCGGACGUUUGCUGCAGGCGUUACAGGCAAACACAGCAGAGCAAAGAAAGUGUUCGCCAUACGAGCUUCGACUCUCUGUGCAUUGGGACCAAAAAAGAUUAUUUCGUGUUUAUACAGAAUGCGAAGGCGGUUUGAUUGUAACUGGUUUACAAUUGAGCGGUUGCCGAUGGGACAACGGAGCCCUAUCUCCGGCGCAACCGCUUGCUCCGCCACACACCCCUGCACCACCGCUGGCGUUUAAAUACGUUCCCACCGGGGAAACGCUUUUGCAGGAAUUACGCUGGGCGGAGGUUCCACUUUACGGUAGUGUGUCGCGUACAGCACUGUUGUGCGAGGUGCGUGCGCCACUUGCACCCCAUUUUCCUGCAAACGCCGCUACGUUACACGCAGCUGCACUUUUUAUCUCUCCAGUUGACUAA